AUGCCUAAAGGCAAGUUUACAGCCUUUGCGGAAACAGUGUGUUCUGUCAGCGAUGUUCUUGAUGCAGCAAUUUCAGUCGGUGGUAAUGCUGCUGGACUCAUUCCAACACACCGCCAGUGUUCCAUUGAGAUUACAAAUAAAUGCUCUAACUACACCCUCCGUAACCCCAGUUUACACACUGACAGUGGCUCCUGCACUGAACCUUUGCCGGGCACAUCCAUCGACCCGUCUAAAACUGGGAAUGCUCUGUUCACCAAGACUCCCAACACUGCUCGAGGAGCUGUUGGCGUCUUCACUUACAACCUCCUCAACCAAUCUGCAAAUGCAUCCACUGAGAAGAUAGCUGUCAUGUUCUCUGUGCCCUAUGAUUACAACCUGUACUCCAACUGGUACGCAGUGGGAAUCUUUGAUAAGAGUGUGUUAUGUGAUCAUGAUCUUUAUUAUCAGAUGUACAACAACACAGGCACGUUUGAAAGGAAAAAAGGGGGCCAAAGUAUUGAGUAUAGGAAAGAUAAUGUUACCAUCAUAGCAACAAUGACUGACACUUUCCAACCUGUCAUGCAUGUGGAGGUCAAAGACAAUUGA